AUGUGUCUAGGUGGGGAUUUGGACAGAAAAAGGAAAUAUGGAGAGAUUCAAAAUCCUUCUGAUUUACUCAAGAUUCAAUUGGACAUAAUUAACGAUGUUGCAUCUGUAAAUUCUCCAUCAAAAGCUGCAAGAUUAGAAAACUUUGAGAAAGAUCAACAAAUUGCUCAAAUUUAUUGUCACCGACCCCCAGAUAAUGUUGGUCGACCAGUUAUUUGGUUUAACAGAGCAUUUAGCAAAUUUAAAGCUGAUUUUAACAAUGAAAACCUUCCAUUAUCCAAGAAACUCAAUCAACAGGUGCUAGGAUUUGUGAAAAAAAUGGCUAUGACAUAUAAGGAUGAAAAUGAUCGAAAAAAGGAUUUGGAUUCAUUUCUAAGUGAAGUUCUUGAGUUACAUUUUAAUGAAAUUAGACUUUCAGAUGGAUCUUCAAAUGAUGGUUGCUUGCUGCAAAAUAAUAAUUACCUAGUUGCAAUUCGUGAAAUGAAAAAUGAGAUAGGUUUAGGACAUAGUGAUCCUUUUUUGCAGGCAUCCUUCUCAUAUUUUAAAUUCUGGGCACAAAAUAAGUAUAAAACUUUCAUUAAAAAUUGCAAUUGUCCAUCAUUUGUUUUAAAUUUGGCUGGACCUUGGAUAUGGAUUUCAGCAGCAGUUUUUACAGAUCAUGUUACUGUGGAUCCACUUACUGACAUAAUUCCACUUUGGCCAACAAUUGAUUGUAAACACCUUGAACGCAUUAGCAGACUCUUCCAGUCACUUAAACUUGCCAUACCAGAGUUGGAAAAUUUUUAUCAAUCCAGUUCUUCAUUAAUAAGUUCUCAAUCACACCAAAAUUUUUUCCCAUAUCCAUAUAGUUUUUUGGGAAAUAAUGAAAAUUUUGAAAUUAAAUAUGAAAAAUGGUUAAAUGAGUCAAUAUGUCUUGCAAAAAUUAAAGAUGGAACUCAGAAGCUUGUAGUAAAAAUUACUGAUAAAUAUAAUGAAACUGCACACAAUCUGUGUUCUAGUAAAGGCCUAGCACCAAAGUUAUUUAGUAUUGAUAAGGACAUAAUUUAUGGAUGGACAAUAGUUGUUAUGGAAUUUCUUGAAGGAACAGAGCGGUUGCAAUCAGCUAUUCGUUCCUUAUCAGAGAAGGAAUGUAAUACAAUUUGGGAUGAAAUACAAUCUGCUGUGAAAACACUUCACGACAAUAAUAUUGUAUUUGGGGAUCUACGUCCUAAUAAUAUUUUAGUAUACACAAAAAAUGUGAAAAAGCAUGCAUUACUUAUAAAUUUUGAUUGGCCUGGAGUUUCUGGUACUGACCAAUAUCCACACUUCAUGAAUUAUGAAAACAUUACAUGGCCAGUUGGUGCCGAGGAUGGCAUGACACUUGACAAAGAACAUGACAAUAAAUGGCUUGAAAAGUUGAAAAAUAUAAUUUUUCCUGAGCAAAUAUAA